UUUUUUAGGUUAAAACUGUCAAACUAGAUAGGAAAACAAAUUUACAGAGAAGUGUUAUUUUGUUGUAUUUUUUAAUAAGUCGCCGGAUUUUUUUACCUUUGAGGUCCUUGGAUCUUUCACAGAAGUAUUGUACUCCUUGAUCUUUUCCAUAUGUAAUUUCUUUCAGAUUUAAGCGAGCCUACUGGUAUUAAUAUAAAUCCAGAAACGGAUUUCGAAGCAGAUAAUAAACCUUCCAUAAAAUCGGAAGAAACUUAUCCUGACUAUGUAGCAGUUUAUGAUAGCAAUCUCGAAGAGUUUCAAAGUGUCAAAGAUGAACACUGGGAUGGAGUUAGUCAGGUGAAAACAGAGAAUCAGAUAGCAGUCGUGGUUAAAUCCGAAAAGCCGGAUGCAGAACCAUCUGUGGACAACAUGUUGUUUGAAAACGUGGACACUUUGGCGCUGAAUGACAUCAAAUAUGAAUAUGAUGAAGAUGCCAUUUCUGAUUUAACAUGCGAUAGGAUUCAAAUUGAAGAGAAAUUCUUCCCUGGGAUUGAAGCUGACUGGACAGCAGGUACUGCCGACCAGAUGGAAAUGGGGUUUCAGGACUUUGAAAAACCGGAAAAAAAACCGCCUCUGAGUUAUGAAAAUACGGACGCGUUAGAGCUGCAUCAGGAAUUUGACAUUAAAACUGAGGGUGACCAAAAUGACGGACAUGAUUCGGCGUCCGAUAGAGUAAGAUUAAAGAAAGAUUUCAAAAGGAAACACGAAUAUUCAAUCGACGAUAUCGAAAGAAACAAUAGCUAUUUAGGAUCUGUUUCCGGGAAGCUAUGCAAACCAAAUGAAUAUGUUUGUAUCAAAUGUAAUGAUGUAUUCAAAAGCGUAGUGCUACUAGAUAAUCAUGUGAUUAGAAAGCAUGUCGACUCUAUUGCGACGGUGACAUCUAAAAUACAUGAAUGUACAUUCUGUGAUUACAAAACCGUAUUUAAACGUUAUUUUACCGGGCACAUGUUAAUGCACACUAACACGAAAGUUUCUGAUCUGCACAUCUGCAAAUAUUGCAAUACGUCGUUUAAAGCGAAGCAGUCGUUCAACGACCAUAUUCUGAAGAAUCAUCCCAACUUUGGCGAGACAGUGUCUAGAACGAUACACGAAUGUAUGCAUUGUGCAUUUAAAACGACCAGAAAGGGUGAUUUUAUAAAGCACCUGGCAAAUCAUAAUAGUGAAACGCCCUUUGCGUGUAUAAACUGUGAUUCCGUAUUCAAAAGCCAAGUCUUACUGGAUAAUCAUGUCAUCAGGAAGCACGCUGAAUCUGCUGCAUCAGUUUCAUCUAAAAUACAUGAAUGCACGUUCUGCGAUUACAAAACCGUUGUUAAACGUUAUUUAACCGGCCAUAUGUGGAUACAUAAUGAUAACAAAGUUUCUGAUUUGCACGUGUGCAAACAUUGUAAUGCGCGUUUUGAAGAAAAUCAGUCGUUUCUUGCGCAUUUUCUAAAAAACGAUCCCAACUCAAGCGGGACAGAUUCUAAUAAGGUAUACGAAUGUAUACAUUGUGACUUCAAAACAACCGCAAGGAGCAGUUUUGUACGGCACGCGGAAAAUCAUAAUAGUAAAAAGCGCUUUGAGUGUACAAACUGUGAUGCGACCUUCAAAAGCGUACUGCUACUAGAUAAUCAUUUGAUUAGAAAGCAUGUCGACUCGAUUGCAUCAGUUUCGUCUAAAAUACUUGAAUGUACAUACUGCGAUUACAAAACCGUAUUCAAACGUUACUUAACCGGGCACAUGUUAAUGCACACUAACACAAAAGUUUAUGAUCUGCACAUCUGCAAAUAUUGCAAUACGUCAUUUAAAUCGAAGCAGUCGUUCAUCGACCAUAUUCUGAAGAAACAUCCCAACUUGAGCGGGACAGUGUCUAGAAAGAUAUAUGAAUGUAUGCAUUGUGCAUUUAAAACAACCAGAAGGAGUGAUUUUAUCAAGCACUUGGCAAACCAUAAUAGUCAAAAGCCCUUUGAGUGUAUAAACUGCGAUUCUGUAUUCAAAAGCAAAGUUUUACUGGAUAAUCACGUCAUUAGGAAGCACGCUGAUUCUGCUGCAUCAGUUUCAUCUAAAAUACAUGAAUGCACGUUUUGUGAUUACAAAACCGUUGUUAAACGUUAUUUAACCGGGCAUAUGCUAAUACACAAUGAUAACAAAGUUCCUGAUCUGAACAUCUGCAAACAUUGUAAUGCGGCUUUUAAAGCAAAGCAGUCGCUUUUCGGCCAUAUUUUAAAAAAACAUCCCAACUUUAGCAGGACAGUUUCUAACAAGAUAUACGAAUGUAUACAUUGUGAAUUCAAAACGGCCGGAAGGAGUAGUUUUGUCAGGCACAUGGCAAAUCAUAAUAGUACAAAGGCGUUUGAGUGUUCAAACUGCGAUGCGGCGUUCAAAAGCAAAAUGUUACUAGAUAAUCACGUGAUUAGAAAGCAUGCUGAAUCUAUUGCUUCAGUUUCAUCUAAAAUACACGAAUGCGGAUUCUGCGAUUACAAAACCGUUGUUAAACGUUAUUUGAACGGGCAUAUGUCAGUACACUCUGUUACAAAAGUUUCUGAUCUGCACGUGUGCAAACAUUGUAAUGCGUCAUUUAAAGCGAAGCAGUCGUUCAUUGACCACAUUCUGAAGAAACAUCCCAACUUUAGCUGGACAGUUUGUCAUAAGAUAUAUGAAUGUAUGCAUUGUGCAUUCAAAAUAACCAGUAGGAGUCAUUUUAUAAAGCACGUGGCCAAACAUAAUAGUCAGAUGCCAUUUGCGUGUGCAAACUGCGAUUCUGUAUUCAAAAGCAAAAUCUUACUGGAUAACCAUGUGAUUAGGAAGCACGCUGAAUCUGUUGCAUCAGUUUCAUCUAAAAUUCUCGAAUGUAGAUUCUGUGAUUACAAAACCGUUAUUAAACGUUAUUUAACCGGGCAUUUGUUAAUACACAGUGAUAACAAAGUUUCUGAUUUGCACGUGUGCAAACAUUGUAAUGCGUCUUUUAAAGCAAAGCAAUCGCUGCUUGACCAUAUUUUAAAGAAACAUCCCGACUUCAGCGGAACAGUUUCUCAUAAGAUAUAUGAAUGUGUACAUUGCGACUUCAAAACGACCAGAAUGGCCUCUUUUAAAACGCACAUGGCAAAAUAUAGUGAAAAGCUCUUUGCGUGUAUAAACUGCGAGGCGGCAUUCAAAAGCAAAAUGUUACUAGAUAAUCAUGUGAUUAGGAAGCACGUCGACUCUAUCGCAUCAGUUUCAUCUGAGAUAUAUGAAUGCACAUUCUGUGAUUACAAAACGUCUCUUAAACAUUAUUUAACCGGCCACAUGAUUAAGCACACUAACGCAAAAGCUUCUGGCGUGCACAUCUGCCAACAUUGUAAUAUGUCGUUUAAAGCAAAACAAUCGCUCCUUAACCAUUUUUUAAAGCAACAUCCCAACUUUAGCGGGACUGUUUCUAGUAAGAUAUAUGAAUGUAUACAUUGUACGUACAAAACAACCGGAAGACGUGGUUUUUUGAGGCACAUGGCAAAUCACGAUAGUCAAAAUGAUGCGUCGUUUAAAACUAAGCUGCACUUAGACCACCACGUUUUAAAGAAGCAUCCUGAGCGUAUUGCUUCUGUGUCUCGUAAGAUACUGGAAUGUACGCAAUGUGAAUAUAAAACCGCAAGGGCAGACAACUUAGCUAGGCAUAGCAUGAAACAUAAUAGAGCUAAGCUUACGUGUACAAAAUGCGAUGAGUUAUUCACAAAGAAACAUUUGUUAGACAACCACGUUUUACAGAAGCAUCCUGAUCUUGUUGCUUCUAUGUCUCGUAAGAUACAUGAAUGUACACAAUGUGAAUAUAAAACCACACGUGCAGAUUACUUAGCUAGGCAUAUGAUGGAACAUACUAGAACUAAUCUCGCCUGUACAAAAUGUAAUGCGUCAUUUACAAAGAAACAGUUGUUAGACAACCACAUUUUACAGAAGCAUCCUGAGCUUAUUGCUUCGGUAUCGUCUAAGAUUCAUGAAUGUACACAUUGUGAAUAUAAAACUACACACGCGAGUAAUUUAGCUAUACAUAUAAUGAAACAUACUGGAACUAAGUUCACGUGUACAAAGUGUGAUGCGUCAUUUACAAGCAAACAAUCGUUAGACAAUCACAUUUUACAGAAGCAUCCUGAGCUGACUGCUUCUGUAUCUAGUAAGAUACAUGAAUGUAUACAUUGUGAAUUUAAAACUUUAAACACGAAGCAUUUAGCUGCACAUACGAUGAAACAUACUGGAGCUAAGCUGACGUGUACAAAGUGUGAUGCGUCCUUUACAAAUAAACAAUCGUUAGACAACCACAUUUUACAGAAGCAUCCCGAAUUGAUUGCUUCUGUAACUAGCAAGAUUCACGAAUGCGUACAUUGUGAAUAUAAAACGAUAUACGCGAAGCAUUUACCUAUACAUACGAUGAAACACACCGGAGCCAAGCUCACGUGUACAGAAUGUGAUGCGUCAUUUAUGUAUAAACAGACAUUACAGAAUCACAUGUUACAGAAGCACCCUGAGUUUAUUGAUUCUGUAUCUAGUAAGAUACACGUAUGUACACAUUGUGAAUAUAAAACUAUUCGAGCCCCGGAUUUAGCUGAGCAUAUCAUGAAACAUAUUGGAGUCAAGUUUCCGUGUGCAAAAUGUGAUGCGGUAUUUACUCGUAAACGGACAUUAGACUGCCACAUUUCACGUAAACAUCCCGAAUUUACUACUGUUGUUUCUAUUACUAGUAGUAGUCCUGUUACUAGCAACUAGGCCACCUUUGACCUUUUUGGCGACCCCGUAAUACCAACUGUACUACUCGUUUUGUCAAACAAAGGAAAGAAAAAUUGAAUAUGUAUAGUAGUAACACCAAACAAUGAAAUAAAAGCUUUCUUUAAGAAUGCAAAAAAUCAUUUAUGUAAAUACUACUACUGCCACCAAAGCCCUAAUAAUACUUACUGGUGGAAACAUCUACCUUCUUCAGGCUUGUGCCGCUCUUUACAAAUUAUGUAAAAAGUACCAUGUCCCGAAAUCGCACCCAGCAAGUCACUCGCACUUUCAAAAAAUAACACUGAAAAUACCAAUUUAGUGGCAGAACUGUCAGAAAAUUGACAGUAGACAAUAUUGGGAUUAGUUUUAGAUCUAGCAAAGGUCUCUCUGUAUAAGCGGGAUAUUUGAACGAAUAUAUUUUUAUUAAUUAGUAUUUAUGUAUGUAGGUGUAAUUAAUUUGUAUAUUUCCGAUUUUUACAUUUAGUAAUAAUGUUGGUAAUUUUGCUUAAUGUUUUAGUUGUUUAUGAGUGAUUUGAUCUCAUAAGUCAAAAUUAUUAGCACAAUUAUAUUUUUUCAAUAUUCC